UAGAUUUAUAUUAUUUUUUAUGAUUUUAUUUUUUAUUUUAAGUAUAUAAUUAUGAUAACAUAAUCAUGAUCAUUCGUAAUCUAGCAAUAUUUAUCAUGGAAUCCAGAUUUGUACAAUGUUUCACGGAUUUAUUACCAAAAAUAAAAAGAAAUACAUCUUAGAAAGAAGAGUAUACGAGUAUUUGGAAACAUGUAAGUGCGUCACAUUCACUGGAAUCCUCGCAAAGGGGGAGAACAUUUUAAAUGUUUCCAAAAAUGGCGAACUUAUUCUUUUGACUGGCAAAUCCUGGGUUAUCUUACUAAGCAAGGAACAUGAUCUCUUAAACCCUCAUAUUUCCUCAAGUGCAUCAUCGAACAAUUGUUCCUGUGACUAUAACCAGAUUGCAUCUUCAAUUGGACCAGAACCUAGAAUGUCAAUUAAAAAAUUUGACUACAGUACACAAUGCACAUGUUCUCUUUGGUAUUCAAAAGAUAAUUCGAUUUUUUUAACAUCGGGAGACUACAAAAUUGAUGUUUGGGACUCAGAUGAGUUUGAAAUCGCAUACUCAUUCUCAGAUUUGUCGAACUUAGUCAAGUCAAUGACAGUAUGCAACCAGAACUCAUCUUAUCCACAAAUUCUAGCUGGACUAUCAUGUGGUUCUAUUGUUGUCUGUGAUACACGCCAGGCUUCAGCUUCCAAUUUCUCAAAACCGACCUUUAAUUCUCCAUUAACGUGCAUAAAAUCAUUGAAGCAUAAUGAACACCAAUUGAUAGCAACUUACGAUAAUUCAUUAAUGCUGGUCUGGGAUUUGAGACGGUUUAGUAAACCAUUGCAUAAAAUCACUAAUACUGUUAAGUCCGUCGGCGAUCCUUUUAUUUGGGGAUGCACAGUCAACUCAACAUCACAGAAUUCCGUGGCUAGAAUACUACACGAGAAGACGUCAGUGGACUUUAAGUAUGAAGAUGACCUCUGGAAUUAUAUAAGAGAUCAUGAGUCGGGACCAAAGAGAUCGAAGACUCAAUCAUCACCUGUCAAGAAAAAUAACUUUACAGACCCAACAGUUAAAUACAGAAGAGUUCUCUCCUCCGAUCACUCUGUAAAUUAUAAACGUUAUUUAGAUGAUAAACUUGUAAAUUAUGUAAAAUAUACAAAUGGUGAUUUGGAUGGGUUCGAAAAGGAAUACAAGAGUAAAACAUUAAGAAAAAGAGUCGAGUUAAACAUGCAACACGCUCCAACGAAUUUGAAUCCUGAUAAUUCAAGCUCACUUAGCACUAAAACACUUCCUACAGAUAAAAGAUCGGAAGUUUGUACAGAUUUACAAAUUUCUGAUUAUGACUUCAACAUCUACGUCGCACAUAAGGAUGGGAUAAUUGAAUGCUAUAACUCGAACACGUUCAAAUUGUUAAAAUCAAUAAACGUGAAAGAGUUUGAAUCAGACUUGUUAGUGGAAACAAAGAACAGCCGCGAUCAAAAGAUGAAGAUACAGCUGGUGUGUGAAGAUUCAGUUUUGGCAUUCACUAACAUGAACCUCGUGGGCUUCGUCAACCUAAGAAACGAUCAACUUAUCAAGUACAUAGAUGUCAAACAAGAUGAUUUGGGAUCAGUUGGCCCAGAAAUAACAGACACCAGGUGGUUUUUCCAUGACGUUCGUUCUGGAAUGGACACUAUAAAUGAAAAUCGAGCACGUAAUAGGGCAAAUGCACGAAUUGGCCGUGGAGGACAUGGACAAUUUGGUCAGAAUCAGGGAGGAAAUCAGUUGGAUAUAGACGAUCAGUUCGUACAAGAAGACGCGUUAGUUAGGGAGCUGCAUUUCGAAAGACAGAGACAAGACCACCGUAACGCUGCAACCAGAGUGAUUGACAUAAACGUGAGAAGAUACGCGUCCCAACCUGCUUUGAAAGACUUGAAUAUUAAGGACAUUUCUACCGUACCAUCAAUUCGAGAAAUCUACGCUACCAAUGGUAGUGGGCAGCUUUUUGAAAUCCAUACAGAUUAUAAAAAAAUUUUAAGGUGAUAGAUUUCUGUAAUAUCGAAAAUUUUAAAUUUAAAUUCUAGACUUCA